AUCCGUCCCGCGUCACUCAGUCGGUUGCCGCGUUCCGAGGCGUUUGGCUGGCGUUUCGCGGACGGGUAGGCGAGAGGUCGGGUCGCCAGACGAACGGACGAGCGAGCGAGCGAGCGAGCGAGUCACGACGGACAUUCCGGAGCAGCGAUAGCGCUCCGAAUUACUUUAGUAUUUUUGACAUUUCCGAGAUUGCGCGAGCGAGAACAACUUACUCCGAUUGUCAGAGUUUGUCGGCCGUAGGCCGGCGGCGUGUCGCGUGACUGCUGUUUGACGUGUUGCUUCAUUCUGUUGUGAACAGUUGUGCGAGCAAGAGAGAGAGAGAAGAAGAUCGUCCAGCCCUCGACCAUCCAACGUCGUCGUCGUCGUCCCGGAGCUCGCGGAUUUCCUCGAGGACACCUGUCCUGCCGUCGAGUGAUCGCCGGUCCUCCACAAAGGGCAUCGAAAAGUUCCACCCAGUUGACGUCACAACUCCGUUGCUACGCUUCAUUUGAUCGAUCGCGAAGAUGAAGAAGGCAACUUUGUUGGCCAUCCUAACGAUAUUGCUUUCGGCGACGACACGCGAUGCCGCGGCAGAACUCUACACCGCCCUGGCGGAUAUGGAAGAGCUGCUCGAGACGGAAGCCGUGCUGAUCGACACGUUGAACGGAUACAUCACGGCGCAAGAACAGCGAUUGGCGACUCUGAGAAGGAACGUGGAAGGCUACGCGAAAGAGCACGAGGAGGCGUCCAGGAACAUCCAGCAGUACCUGUCGAAUCCUAUAAACGCUUAUCUGCUGGUGAAACGGCUGACCACCGACUGGAAAAAGGUCGAGGAACUGAUAACCGAGGACGUCGGCAAGUCCUUCGUCGCGAACAUCACGAAUUCCAGAAGCGACCUAAAAUUCCCAACCGACGAGGACCUGAAUGGAGCCGCAGUCGCUUUGAUGAGGCUGCAGGACACGUACAAGCUCGAGACCGCGCAAGUUGCGAGGGGCGUCCUGAAUGGGGUGCAAUACAGCACCGGAUUGACCGCGAGCGAUUGCUUCGAACUGGGCCGACAGUCUUAUCACAAUCGCGACUACUAUCACACAGUGCUGUGGAUGCAGGAGGCCAUGGACCGCUUGCAGGAGGAACAGAACACCACGAGCACUUCCAAGCCCGAUAUCCUGGAGUAUUUGGCGUUUUCGACGUACAUGCAAGGUAAUGUCGCCCGUGCUUUGAGCAUGACGAACGAGCUGCUCGAAUUGGUGCCGACGCACGAGAGAGCGUUGGGAAACCGCGCGUAUUACCAAAAAGAGAUCCAAAGCAAGGCGAGUCAGUCGAAAAAGAAGCGAGGCGAGGACGGGAAGGAUGAUACAGCGAUACCUGAACAGAACUUCACUGUCGCGGAGGAAAGGGUGAAAACGUGGGAGGAAAUGACGGAGAGAGAGAGGUAUGAGAUGCUUUGUCGCGGUGAAGUGUCUAUCCCGCCGGAGGUGGAGAAGAAUCUCAAGUGCCGUUACGUCGACCGUGGAAUUCCCUUUCUGAAGAUCGCGCCGUUCAAGGAAGAGGAGGCAUAUCUGGAUCCGAGAAUAGUCGUGUAUCACAACGUGAUCUACGAUGAGGAAAUCGAAACGAUCAAGCGGAUGGCUCAGCCUAGGUUUAAGCGCGCCACGGUGCAGAAUUACAAGACCGGUGCCUUAGAAAUAGCAAAUUACAGAAUCAGCAAGAGCGCCUGGCUUCAGGAGCACGAACACAAGCACGUGGCGGCAGUAAGCAAACGCGUGGAGCACAUGACGAGUAUGUCCGUGGAGACGGCCGAGGAACUUCAGGUUGUUAAUUACGGCAUCGGCGGCCACUAUGAGCCACAUUUCGACUUUGCAAGGAAAGAGGAGACGAAUGCGUUCAAGAGCCUCGGGACUGGCAACAGAAUUGCAACAGUUCUGUAUUACAUGAGCGAUGUCGAACAGGGAGGCGGCACCGUGUUCACUGCCAUUAACAUAUCACUUUGGCCGAGGAAGGGUAGCGCGGCGUUUUGGCAUAAUCUGAAACCUAAUGGCGAAGGGGACUUUAAAACCAGACAUGCGGCCUGCCCAGUACUUACAGGAUCGAAGUGGGUGGCAAACAAAUGGCUACACGAAAGAGGUCAGGAAUUUCACAGACCGUGUACGUUGGAGAAUCAAGCAACGGACGAGGUGGACGUCAGGCACUGAGGAGAGCGUCGCUCAACUGCGAGACAGAAGUAAUAGAAAAGAAGCCACGAUAAAUAAGAUAGAAGAAGUACCAAGAAACACCUCGAGAUUUCUGCUCUGAAUAAAGAGACAUUUUAUUCUCGGGAACCCCGGUGACUCCGUGAAGAAGUGCGCGCGAUACGAAUACGCGGUCGUUUAAGAACGAGCGAGAACGUUUCACGUGUCGCAAAAAGCGACAGUGCAAUUUAGAUGUAGGUAAGCGAGCCGUGCGAGAGAAUGCCGCUCUCGCCGCCGUUCGCCGAGAAAGAACCCGUCACUCCGGCGCGCGCGCACACAAAUCGUGUAGCUUGACAUUCGUGCCGCGGACCACCGCGCGAUGAUCUUUCUUGUUCAUCGUGGAACGCGAUCCCUCGCAUUUACGACGGCGAUUAACGUUUCCUUAAUCUUCUCGACGCCGCAGGCGAAAAUCGCGCAGAAAGAGGCAGCGUGAAGCAGCUCAUCCGAGCGAAAUUAAUCGGCUGCAUUGUUUCUUCCGCGCGCUUCUCCCUUUGAAGCGGAAAUCCUGUGGGGCGUGCGGAGAGAUUACCGCCGCGCGAAUCGCAGCAAUUUACUAUGUAACAAAAUUGCUCUUUAUACUACGAACUGAUCCGCAUGCGUUUUGUUUGUAGUCCGAUCCAGCGUUGUCCGCGCGCAGUUCGUCAUUUUGCAGUUUACAUCUACGGCGAACAUACCGCAAAGUAAUCGUUUCGAAUUAAAUGCGUGAUAUAACCGUGAAAUGAACCGAUAAUGAAUAUGUAAAGCAGAAAAAAAAAUAAAAGAACAUUUCGGAAAUUCUUUUGCUUAAACAAAUGAAACAACAAAGAACGCAGGAGGAAAAGAAGAAAAAGAAGAAUCCUCAUAAUUGCGUCAGUUUGUUAUACGCGGAGUUAUCGUCGUUUAAACGGGCUUUCCGGGUAGCGAGAGCGAGACUCGCUCCGUUCACCGUUCGUCAACGCGUAACGUUAAUUGUUUCUACGAAAGAAAUAACCGACAUUAAUAAGAUAUUACACUACGUAUCAUAGUCAAAGCAAUAAUAAAUUGCGCACGUUCUGGCCAGUCUCCCCUUAUCGUAGUAUGUAGCACGACAUAGUGCAGUGAAAAGCGCGAUAUAACCGUUAGCCCGUAGAUUAAUUAUAAUACGAGCGCGAUCGUUGUUAAUGCAACCCACGAGAUUGUCGCAUCUCGAUCACGGCGUUGUCGUGCGUUAACGAGGCCGACGAUGUUUCUACAAAAAAAAGAGUAUCAUCUCAACAAUUAUUGUCUCAAGUAUAAUUAGGAAAAUCUUUUUCAAAGAGUUUGAUAAUCUUAAAUAGACGCAACUUGUUGAUACAUGAAAUAAUAAUUGUUGAUUCAAUACCUUUUUUUUGCGCUAAAACCAAAAUUCUGUUCACGACAGGACAGUUUUUUAUCGGCUGUAAAUAGCGAAUAGCAUGUUGAUCCCCGUAUCAUCCGGUCCUUCCGAUUAGGUUGUAUACGAAUUGUUUGUAUAAAAUGGACAACACUGUCCGACGACGCUGCGCUUAUUAACGAUGAUACGUAGCAUAUACGAAGAUAAAUCUCGCACGAUCUCUUCAAUUCAAAAUCAACCUAUUGCAGCAGAGUUAAAAUUGCAGUUAAUUUUAUUUAUGAUGAUAAAAAAAGUAUUCGCAUUAUUAUUGUGAUAAAAAAAGCAUGUUUUUCAUAUAUAGAAUGAAAAACGAGUCUAAUUGAGAAAUAAUCCUUGAGAAAAAAAUUCAAGUUUUCUUCUGCUUUCAAUAUAAAAUUAUUUUAUUAACAAUUAAGUAUAUUAUUAAAAAUAUAAUUUAUUACAAAUUAUUACAAUAUAUAUAUAAUUUUUUUAUUAAAAAAUUAAUAAUACAGCAUGGAUUACUUAUUUCCUAUGAUUAAUAUUUGUUACUGGCUACGUUACUGGCAGUUACAUCAGUUUACAUGUUAAAAAUUAGAGAACCGCUGCUCUAUCGAAUAAUCAUGGAUGAUUCCGAAUAUUCCGAAUUGAUUGUUAAUAGCAUCAGCCAGCACCAAUUUAGAUAUGAAAUAUUAGCCUGAAUCGGGAUUCCAAUGACGAACGUGCGCGAAGACUGGCUAUCUCGAUCAAUUAGCACAACCGCGUAUACAUAUAUUAUUUUAAAAUAAUGCCGUAUCUUGAUAGAGAAAUCUAUUAUUUAGGUCUUUGAAAAUUCCACGAUAGCCCUAUUAACUCAUAUUAGGAUCGCAUGUACUCAACUCUAGAAUAUGGCGCUUUAUAAUUUAUGUUAAAAAUAAUAUACUUUCUUAGCUGGGAUCAACUUAGGAUUAAUUAGGAUAUUUUUAGCCUGAUUUAAAUAUUGACCGUGAUUUUUAUCGAUGCUAUAUAAUAUAAAAUUUUUAAUAUGGUUUUAUAAGUUUAUCAGUAUAAAUGAUUUGUUCUCAAAUUUUAUAAAUUUGAAAUGUUGUAAUAGUUCAGAUUAUUAUAUGUAUAUAAUUCAAAUAAUAGAGAAUCGAAUUAAAUUUUACCUAAUUCGAUUCUAUUUGAUUCGUAUUCGAUUAAUUCGCACAUCUCUAACAAUUAUUUAUAAACGGUACAGAGAUUACAUUGUAAUCUUUGCACAUAUUGUGAACAUCAUAAUGCCUUUUUUACAUGUUUUAUAAAUUGAAUUCCUUUAUAUCAAGUUUUAGACUUGAAUUAUUACUGUAAAAACUCAGUUUUAAGGACAACACGUUAGUCAGACAGAAACGUGUACGUUAAACAAGGAAUAAGUUAAAGUUAGAGUUUUAACUUCAGUUAGGAAGUAAGUCUCAACCUAAAAGUAGUAUUGGAACAAAAUUUUUUUAUUGACCAUUAUACUACAGUUAUUUGCUAUUUUUAGGAAAAAUCUGCAAAAUACAUUUUUUAUUAAUAAUCUUGUAUAUAUCACCUGGAAUAUUGUAUCACCUACGUCUUUUAACACUGAACGAUUAUAAAGAAUGAACGAAGGAUGAAUUAAGAUUAAUGACGAGGAGUGCGAAACAAUUCCAGUCGUCUUGUUAAGCGUGAGCGACUGAUAUCUAUCUAAUUGUGAUCACCAUCGUUUUGUUAAAAAACGAAGAAAGUAAAUAAAAUGAAAUGCAUCACAGAAA